CGGGCGCUGACUGCCUUAUAAAAAGAUCAUCUCCGAGCGGAGAUCCGACCUUCACGAACUUCUAUGCACUUGCAUGGGCUGCCCCUGGCAUGCCAUGAACUUCAUUACGUCCGCUGAAGUGCUUGGCAGUUGAAUGACCCUCUCCCACUUAUCCCUCCCCAGUACUUAGCAUGGGCAGGGUAGUCUCAUACAGGUCCAUAGCAAUCAUCCUGCUUGCCUGCGUCCUAGGAGUCACCCUGCGAAAUGUCAUAUUCGCACCGCCCGAUAACAAUAUCCUGUCAUCACUCCAUUUAGACUCUCCCACGUCGCCACACCCUCCCAUCUUUCAUGACUAUUUUCCAGAGGACGAUCCACUGAACUCGGUUGAUGACACGGUAGACGCUGGUUUAGUCCAGGAGCCCGUGCCGCUCGGUGAUCACUAUUAUGGUGAUAACGGAAUGCUCGUGGUCAACCCAAAUGCUCAUACAGCGAGCGGAGGACGCUUGGGGAAAAAGCUUGCCCGCGCAAGCAAGACACUAGGUGAAGCUGUUGCGGAAUACAAACGAAGAUAUCAUAGGCCUCCUCCUAUUCACUUUGAGAAAUGGUGGGAUUAUGUGGUGACACACAACGUCCAACUUCCAGACGAAUAUGACGAGAUAUACCAUGAUUUGGAGCCUUUCUGGGGUAUUGAUCCCCUGGACUUCCAGGAGAGCAGAGAACGACUGGAGGCGCAAGAAAAUACUAUUGUUAUCGCAAAAACAGAUCAGAGCUCCUCUGUCGAGGUCGCCGACUACAAUUUACCACCAGAUGGUACCGAAAGGCUCCUUUCUCGCAUUGACAAUGUACUACGACUCUUCCAGGAUAUAGAAGACCUCCUACCUCCUUUCCGCGCUGUUUUUUCACCUCAUGACAAUCCCAGUAUGCUAUCAGAUCAUGGCGUCAAAUCAAAGGCACUCGAAGCAGCCGCUGCUCGCUCCACUCUAAAACGGAAUGAAUUACCACCACCGCAGCGGUCUGGAUGGCUCUCUGCAUGCCAUCCGUCUUCUCCAGCGUGGCAAAAUCCCAUAGAUCUCGAUGCGCCCCCUGAGCGCCCAUCUCACAAAACGUUUAUUUCCGACCAUCGCCUUUCGAUGGACCCGUGCCUAAAUCCUUACCUUCUCCGCAGCCAUGGACAGUUCCUGUCGCACAACAAAGGGCCGGAUCCUCAGAGUACACUCGUUCCGCGUUUUUCCCUCUGUUCGACGGUGGUUCACCAUGAUAUUCGACCGGCUGUUCCUUAUGGCUGGGUCGAGGACCUUCCUGAGUCAGACAACCCGCCGUGGGAAGAGAGGUUAGACGAAAGAUUACUCUGGCGUGGUACGAAUACCGGCAUAUUCCAUGGCCCCGGAACCAGGUGGCGGCAAGGGCACAGAGACCAUCUGAUACAGUUUGUCAACGAGUUGGCAGGAACAGCGGAUGUACUUCGUUCGCCUCCGAACGACUCUGAACCUGUUGGAGAGCCCAUACCGUUACGCAAAGCACACCUCAAUCCUGCGUUGAUGGACAUUCAAUUCGCCGGAAAGGCAGGUUCCUGCGCACCAGACCUCUGCGAUGAACUGGAUAAACUGUAUGACUGGAGAAAAAUGCUGACGUUCCAAGAGGCCGGGCGUUAUAAAUAUGUCUUUGAUAUCGACGGGCAUGGGUGGUCAGGACGGUUUAAGCGCCUCAUAACAUCAAACUCCCUUGUAUUUAAAAAUACGAUAUACCCUGAGUGGUUUAUGGAUCGAGUUGCACCUUGGGUGCACUAUGUGCCUAUACAGAUGGAUCUGUCUGAUUUGUACGAUACGUUUACUUUCUUCCGUGGCGGACUUGAAGGAGAAGGCGCACAUGAAGACUUGGCGAAAAAAAUAGCAACUGCAGGACGCGAAUGGAGCCAAACAUACUGGAGGCGAGAAGAUCUGACAGCAUAUACGUUCCGAUUGUUCCUCGAGUAUGCACGCGUCUCCAGUCUUGACCGCGAUGCAAUGACAUACAGAGAAGACUCAGACUCGUAGCUAUACUGUGUACUGUAUAUAUUUAUCAGAGGGCUGAACGCUUGGAUUUGGCCGUGUCAUACUGGGAAAUCCCUUUUGACGAGAUUUCAUGAUCCUCUUGUGGAUCCCGUGAGAAUAAGAGCUGGUUGUCCCUGUUCAUUCCCUCCAACUUUGUUUCGAUGGCUUUCAGUAAUACGAGACUUCGGAUAGACUAUCGAUUAUCGUUGAAAACUGAUUGGAGCGUCCAGCGCCAGAACCAGAACCAUAUGCUUCCUUCAUAUUGUAGGAUGUAUAGUUCAGAAGUUCUGAUGGAAGUUGAAAUUCCAGUGCUGGGGCUUGAGCGG